UUGGACUGUCUGCUGUUUUUGUUGUUUUGCGAGGUGUUGGCGGUAGAAAGAGGGGCAGCACUGCAAUGAAUAAGUAAUUACAUUCCGUCGAAAUCCGAAGCAAGUAAAUAGUUAGCGUCCCUCCUGAAGAUCAUCUUGCAGUUAGUGUUGUAAAAUGAAAGGUGAAGGAGCUGCACACGCUUUGAAGUGGUCACAAGAAGAGGGACGGGCGUCCGUUUGAAUGACAGUCAAUCGUCCUAGCCACUCGUCUUUCCUCCUGGCUUUCUCCCGCUUCAGCGAAAAGAUGUACUGAUUCACGGAUAGUGUGGUCGUUUUGCUUACCGCACAAAGAAUCGCUGACCCCAAGCAAACGGUUGACUCGCCACAAUGCGUACCCUAGCGCUGGCUAUCUGGCUGAUAUUGGGCUGCAAUUUUGUACGUCAUGUCGUUCUGGCUCAAUUACCAACGCUUGGGAAGCAGCCAAUCGAGCAGUGUCCGAGCCCUCUUUGUGACUGCAGAAACCUCGGCGAUGGAGAAGUGGAUAUCUUCUGUCAGUACCUGAACAUGACCGGCUGGCCGAAAACGUUCUUGCCUAGAACCAGGUCUUUGCACUUUGACGGGAACCACUUGGCGUCACUGAAGAUUGCUGGCAGUGAACGCUACCCGUCCAUUCAGAAUGUCCAUGUUUCCUACAAUCGUAUUGUCGCCCUUGCCGAUACUGACCUACUGGCUCUGGCAAACCUCCGUUACUUGGAUAUUCGAUUCAAUGGACUGACUACGAUUGAUGAUACAACGUUCCGCUAUACACCCUUAUUGACCACACUGUUGCUUUCGAACAACGCUAUCCUGAGGGUCACACGGGCGACAUUCUUUGGUCUCAGCCAACUUACCAAUCUUGACCUUUCCCAACAAUCUGUCCCAUUGGAUGUCGAGCAGCACAGCUUUGCUGGACCGAUUCGUUUGCGGAACCUGAGUCUUGCUGACUGUGGCCUGACGGAAAUCCCAACAACUGAUUUCCGCACAAACCUACCACAGCUCAGAGUACUUGAGCUGAGCAAUAACUCCAUUUCGAUCAUACCGGACAAUGUCUUCUUCAGCCUGAACAACCUGGAAACCCUAGAUUUUUCAAGGAACCUGCUGGUAAACUUCACGCAAGCGUCAUUGUAUGGAUUAGAAAACUUGCGAACAAUGAACCUUGCCUAUAAUCCCUUGGAGGAGAUUGUAUUUGACAACUAUCGCUAUGUACCUCGACUUCGUAACCUGGAUCUUCGUUUUAGCAAGAUCGAGGAGAUUGUUCCGUACGGAUUCGUGCCUUCUUCUCCCCUUGGCAUAUACCUCACUCUAGAUUCAUUCUUGCUCCGUGGCAACCUUCUGACUGUUGUGCGCUACAACGCUUUCUAUCGGAUCUCAACCAACCUACUUGACCUCAGCUAUAAUUUGAUUGAGAGAGUCGAGAGCAACACUUUUGGCACCAUCCCUCAUCUAGACUUCAGUCACAACCGCUUGACGGAGGUGUCUUCUGCUGCUUUCUCCGACAAUGACGUGCGGACAGUAAACGUCUCGCAUAAUUUCCUGUCUCGUAUCCCUUAUGAAGCAUUCCGUGGAAUCAACAUACAUUACAUUGAUUUGAGCUUCAACAACAUCAGCCUCGUUGACCGUGGUGCAUUCCGAGCUCCUGGCUACCGGCGCAAGGAACUCCUGGACUACGUUGGAAAUCUCCAAACAUUGAACAUAAGCUACCAAGAUGGGAAUUGGCAACUGGAGAAUGGAACAUUCCGUCUGCUGGAGAACCUAGAAGUGCUUGAUUUACGCAGUGCUGGCAUCUCAAACUACAGUGGGGACGCCUUCACGGGACUGGAAGAGUUGCAAGAACUGGACAUACGAGACAAUAGAGCUGUCAAUCUGCCUGAUCUGACUGGCAUCCAUGGACUAUUGACACUGAGAAUGAAUCUGCUGGGAAAUCUUCAUAGCUUACCGAUGGACUACUUUUGGCCUACACCAAACAUUACUAACUUGUACAUGGCCAAUGGACGACUGCAGAGCAUGGAAGUGAACAUAUUUAGAAACUUCACCCGCCUCACAACGCUUGACUUGUCAUCCAACCUUUUAAUCAGCUUUGACGUGGACUUGUUUGGCGGAGCAAACAUUUCGCUGGCUUAUCUGAACCUGAACUCUAACCCAAGUUUGAAAUCGAUCCCUUCAUCCGUCCUCCAGCUGUAUCCAAGUAUCGCAACACUGUUGCUGAAGGCUUGUUCUAUUCCGGAAAUUAUGCCCACAGCAGCAUUCAUGCCAGCUGCAAGUCUGCAUACACUUGACCUCUCUUACAACCUGAUCACGUCUCUAGAUGCGAGUGCAUUCCUUGGUGCCGGAGAGUUGACUAACUUAUAUUUGAAUCACAAUCAGUUACACUCUAUACACGCUCAGGCCUUUACAGGACUACCACGUCUGAAAACGCUCCAUUUACAUGGAAAUCGUCUGGUCACUCUACCGCAAGGCCUAUUCCCGGGUGUAAUUGAUCUCAGUGAACUGAGACUUGAUGGAAAUCGGCUGUCAACGUUACCAGAGGAAUACAACAACAUCUCUGCAUCUGCUCUACAUUUGUACAACAACCCGUGGGAGUGUACAUGCAGCAUAUUCUGGCUUCAUAACCGCCUGAACAGUGCCGUACUGCCGUUCGAAGAUAUGAUUCGUUGUGCACUGCCAACCAACUACACCAAUAUUCAAGUUGGCCAGGCAGCCGAAGCAUUCGUCUUUUGCGUCCCACCAAGCAUUGUGGCCAUCACGCCAAGCCAACAGGUGCUGCAAGGUGCCCAGUUUCACGUCAACUGUCAAGUGUUUGGCUAUCCAGCACCCGAAGUGCGUUGGUACAAGGAUGCCAGCCGUUUGUUGCUGACGGUCUUCAAUGCGUCAGAUUUGUCCACUCAUCAACGACUCACACAGGGUGUGAACGGCUCCCUUCUCUUCAGCAAUGUUCUGGGAAGUGACGAGAGCUUGUACACAUGUAUUGCAACCAGCCCUGUCAGGACCACUUCAGCAAAUGUCUAUCUGACAGUCAUUGAUGAUUGCCGCAAUGGUAGCUGUUUUCUGGCCGAUGUGACACUGAGAUAUUUCAACUCACCACAUCCUGAUUUCAGCAAACAACCCUUUUCAAGCCUUCUAGAAGUUGUCAGCAAUCAACUGCUGCCAAGCAGUGGUUCACCAACACUGAACAAUUCACGAGUCCCUAGCGUUGUUGGUCCCGCACGGGAUAUAACUAGCGAGGAGACCUUUUUGCAGUGGUUCAAGACAGAGCGAGGUGUGAAUGAAGAAGGUUCCGUUCAGCUGCGUUUCAAUCAGAAAUUGGCCGGAAGUGAAUCGACUUACACAUUCACGGACGAAUCGUUCUACCCAGCAGACCGGUACAAUGGCACAGGAUCUCUCUGCUCAGGGUUCUUUCGCACUAGUCAGUUCACUGGCGUAUUGAGGACGGUGUUUCCGCUAAGCCAACUGCGUCGCAUGACAAUCCGUACCAGUCACACUGCGUGGAUGUACCUUGAUCAACAGCUGGUUGUUGAUCUAGGUGGUGUUCAUGCUACUGUGGAAAGCACUGUGGAUUUCAGCAAUGCCAUUUCACACGGAAUUGUGAGGAUUCAAAACACUGGAGAUGCAGCAUCAGUUGAGGUCGCAUUUACCCUGAAGCACAACACAUCACUCCGGUUUGAGUUGUUCUUUGCAAAUCGCAUCGAUUGCAAUUCCUCCCUAUCCAUUUCCGUGACGUACCAAGCAGCGGAUGGAUCGUCGGCAACCACACCUGUGUUUGUAUCCACAACCCAGACCGGGCGUUUCCUUGAGCGCUCUCCUGUCAACACCACUCUGCUCGAUGUCCGUGUACCGUCGCUUGACUACGUGCUGCACUCGGCCAAAGACAUUGCAUUCUCGUUAGCCACUGUCGACUCUUCGGUUUCGAAAAUACAUCAGUUUGCUGUGAACGCCACCUCUGGUACAGUGACGCUAGUCAGUUCACUGGACUAUGAGGUAGCUGAGAGCUACAUACUCAAGGUGCUACUGACAGGAACAUCCAGUACUGGGGAUACAGUCACGGUGACCGUAGCAGCUGUGAUUUCUGUUCGAAAUGAACUUGACGCCGCGCUGUACUUUGACAGCCCAUCCUACUCUGUGAGUGGGAUCGAUGGAGGCCGUCAUCGGCGUGAUGGAACUGAACUCCUUCAACUCAUACUAAUAGACAAUGAUGAAGGCCGUAGCAGUGUAGUGGUCAUGUACGAAGUCAAGCCACCAACUGCAUCGGACUACCGCCACCAGGGGAAGGUGACAACAGUCACUGUUCUAGUGCAGGCUAUUGAUAAUGGCAAGCCAGCAAGGAGGGCAGAAGCGAAUGUCACCGUACAAGGAAUCGGUGUGUGCGAGGACGGCAUAUUCUCCAUUCAACGCUCCCCGAGCAGUCAGCAUGUCAUCACUUUGAGCGUCCUGUUUAGUCACUACUUCAUCACAGAGGUUGGCAGCUGUGAAACAUGUACGGCUGGUUUCUUCUGCCCCGGAGAUGGUCUACGUUAUCUGUGCGGAUGCCAGAGCACCAGCAUCAGUGUUGGACCUGUGCUGCGAUUCCGUAGUGCUGCUGAAACGUCCGGCUGUGUGCCAAUGACCACUCAUAGCUUUGGCAAGUCAUCAGCGUGUUCAGCCUGUCCCAGUGGUUGGAUCUGCAAAGGUGGGAUUGCAUCACCAUGCGGACUACAGAGCGUUGGCCUGCAAGCACAGGUGACCUAUGCAGAUGCCUGCACCACCACGCAUUGCCAGCCAACCUGUCUACAGUGCCCUGAGGGGCACGCCUGUUUCAACGGCAUUCGGCGUGCGUGCGGGCCCGGCACGUUCUCCAACAAAUACGUUUCUUGUGAUGCCUGUCCGGUGAAUAGCUAUUCACGAAAUUCGUCCAAUGCGGUAUGCCACUGCUGUGAUGCUGGCUUUGAGAGCACCUCGGGGAAGAACGGCUGUCGACAGUGCGAUCCAUCUGAGUACAGCAAUGGAACUUUAGCCGGUGGUAGCUGCGAUGUCUGCCAUACAUGCCUAGCUGAUGACCUGUGCCCGUGCAAGACCCUGAACCCAUGCAGUGCUGGCGUGGUGUGUGUAAACACGCCUAGGGUGGCCCCGUUUUACAAAUGCCUUCAGUGUCCCGAGGGCUUGACUGGAGAUGGCAUCAACUGUGCUGACAUUGAUGAGUGCACAGCUGCGUCGCCCUGCUCUAGUCUUAGCCAGUGUGUCAACACAAACACUGGUUACUACUGUACAGCAUGUCCAGAGGGCUACAGGGGUAUCACAUCUCAUGGUGUAGGCAUCACCUAUGCUAUGAACAAUAAACAGAUCUGUUCUGAUUUCAACGAAUGUCUGGUGAACAAUGGUGGAUGUGAUCCCCUCUCGUACUGCAACAAUACACAGGGUGGGUUUCUGUGUGGUCCUUGCAUUCCUGGUUUCCUUGGCAACGGAUACAGCGGCUGCACCUCAGGUGACUACUGCUCUCUGGGUGUACAUGAUUGCCAUAGCAACGCCACCUGCACCAUGACCGGCGUAGCACAAUAUACGUGUGAGUGCAAGAUGGGGUUUGCUGGUACUGGGAGACUGUGUGCUGAUGAUAGUGAUCUGGAUGGAUACCCAUCGGAGCGUCUUGACUGUGAAGAGCCGCCACAUUCCGAAAAUAAUUCCGAAAUUCGGAAUGCAAAACCUCUCUAUUGUCUAUUGUCUAGGUGUGGUGUAAUUCUCUAUGCUGAACUCUGCAUCCAUGCUCUAUGCAAGAUGGGGUUUGCUGGUACUGGGAGACUGUGUGCUGAUGAUAGUGAUCUGGAUGGAUACCCAUCGGAGCGUCUUGACUGUGAAGAGCGCAGUUGCUUGAAGGACAACUGCCCCACUGUGCCCAACUCAGACCAGAGUGACACUGAUGGUGAUCACCAAGGUGAUGGGUGUGACCAUGACGAUGAUGGUGACAGCUGGAUAGACUCGUUGGACAAUUGCCAAUACGUCCCCAACAUAGACCAGCGAGAUAGGGAUGGCGACAACAUUGGCGACGCGUGCGACAAUUGCCCGGAAACACCUAAUCCACUGCAGUGGGAUUCAGAUCAGAAUAGUAUAGGAGAUGCAUGCAGCACUGAUUCUGAUGGUGAUGGGUUGUUGGAUGCGAAUGAUGGCUGUCCACGGGUAGCUGGUACCAGCAAUGACACAGCUAAUCCUGGGCCGGAGUGUCGCUCAUGCCCACCUUUUCAGGGAGUAACCAUUUUCACACCACACACACAAUUGCUGGAUAGCAACUUCGAUGACAUUGCCAACAAUUGCAAUGUCAGUCACAGGGACAGUGACUUGGACGGUAUACCUGACGGCUUUGAUAAUUGCCCCAGUGUGGCCAAUGCGGAUCAAGCCGAUCAUGAUGGAGGUGGUGCAGGUGACUUGUGUGAAGGUGACGAUGAUGAGGACGGCAUUGCUGAUACCAUUGAUAACUGUCACUAUGUUCCUAAUCCCAGGCAGGUGGACUCAGUUGGCAAUGGCAUUGGGGAUGCAUGCAGAAAUGACUAUGAUGGUGAUGGGGUCAACAACGCGCAGGAUGCCUGUCCCUUUAUGCGUACAGUUCAGAGUGGGAACAUGUCCGUGUUGCUGAACAUCUCCAUUCCAGUGGAAAGCAUGGCGGACGUAAAGUGGCACGUCACUCCCCAGGGUUCAACGGUGACUCUUACAUCACAGAGUUCUGCACCGAUCAUCUUGCUUGCGCCGCCACGUCUUGGCUCUGUGGAUUUCUCCGGAACGGUGCACGUCCAGAACUCGGAGGAGAAUGACUUCUUUGGGUUCGUCUUUUCCUUCCAAAGCACGUCACGUUUCUAUCUCCUUCAGUGGAAGAGAACGGCCGAGAGCUUCCUAGAUCUACCCAGUGCUAUAUCCAAGCCCUACUGGCAACUCCUGAAAAGUCCAUCCACCGAGCUGGAGACAUGGUUAGGAAACAGCUCGAUCUAUGAAGAUAAGACAGGAUAUGGCUGGCUACCGCAUGUCACCUACAGCUGGGUUAUUCAACACCGACCAGACCGCGGGCACAUCCGGAUUGUGGUUCGCAAUGCAUCACAUUUGAUACUGGACAGCGGCAGCAUCAGCGACGGUGACUACAGGGGAGGGCGACUGGGAUUGUUUUCGUUUUGGCAAGCGGAUACCACUUGGAGCAACCUCUCAGUUUCUUGUGCAGAAAAGUUCAACUAUGCACUUCAUUUUGACGGUGUGGAUGAUUUUGUCCAUUUACCCAGUGCCACAGCAUUGGCAUUGUCACAAAGCUUUACAAUUGAGCUAUGGUUACGCCCGGUUGGACGCAAGUAUGAUGCACCUCUUCCCAUUGUCUCCUCUCCUGAUGGUAGCCUUACCAUCACUAUGAGCCUAGCCGGUGUGAUAACAGCAACACUAGGGAACGCUACCAUACAGUCGACAGCGGCGGUGCCCUUUGGCCAGUGGUCACAUUGUGCGCUCGCAAACAGUAUCAAUGGUGGUGCCUUGUCACUAACUAUCAAUUUCGCCUCGACAGUAACUGUGACAGCAGCCACAGCUUUCAAGGGUUCUGAUCGCCUGUACCUGGGUAGAGACGUGGCUGCCAAUGUUUUCCAUGGAGAAAUGGAGGAGGUGAGAUUCUGGGGAGACGCCAAGAGCAGUGCUGAUCUACAGCCGUACAGACUGAAAGGCAGUUUGGAAGGACUGUCCGGCCUGUCCACACUGCGUGCUCAGUACACGUUUGAUGGUGAGACAGGUCCCAUUGUGAAGGACUCCAGUGAUAACACCCUCCAUGCCUUAGCGUACGGGAGUACAAGCAGAUAUGCGAGCUACCUUGAUGUAACAGCUGCGCUGCCCACUGCUGACCGAGAUGCCCGCAAGCGACGCAACGUUCAAAUCGACCCAUCUACAGCUACGGACUCCGCAAGACCUGACUCCGAUCUGCAUGAUGAAUUUGAACAACUCGAAGAAGAACUUGAAACUCACAUUGAGCUAUAAAUGAAUUUGUUGAGACCUCUCCCCUAAAUUGUAAUGCACUCUCUCAUGUCUUUGGUUGUAGGAUUGUGUUUAAUUUCUAUAUACCCUGGUACGGUACUCCUCGAAUUGCCUUGAUUUACCCAUACCAACACCAGACCUUCCUUUGCCGCGUGAAGGUGAGAGUUUUAAUUUAUUUUCCAAAGCAAUGAUCAGUGAUGUUUUCUA